AAAUAAACUGGUAUAAAAUGUUAUAAAGGUGCUGCACCAGCCCCGUGUCACUAAAAGAGCUGCGCCUGUUGGAUCCGUCGGGGCGCGACACAGACAGUGCUGGGCGUCCGUCGGCGCUCGCUGUCUGUCUGUCCGUCUGCUUUUGCAACCCCGACGGAUAAACCGAGUCCAAACCGGCAGCGACUUCCGCAGUGGCCCGGGGGGACGGGGGCUGCAGUCCGAUCUCUCAGAGAUCAGGACCAACGUCUCGGUCUUUUAUUCUCUCAUUUUCCCGGGGAUAAGGAGGGGUUUUCCUCUGGCAGUAGCUCGUGCCGCGGCUCCUUGUCCUUUUCCCCGUGGGGAGCACCCCUGUGCCGGUUUUCCUUCGUCUGGAGUCAAGCCCCCACCGCCCCCAGCCCCUCCCCGGGGUGUCAGGGCAGGUCCCCCGGAGCUGUCGGGCUGCGGCCAGCGCAGGAAGCUCGGGACCCGCCGCCAGCUCGCACCACAGCGGGCCAGCGCCAGCGGGCAGAGGUGCUUUGGCUUCCUGUCCCCUCCCCUGUGUCGCCAGCCCAGUGUCAGCACAGCCGUGCACCCCCGCCAGCCUGUGCACACCCCGUCCCAUGGAGGACGAGGACGGCUACGUGGUCUUGGACCGGCGGGGCAAGCGGGGCUCUGCGGGGAGCUCCGCAGCCCGGCAGGGUGCAGCAGCGGAAUCUAGCUUUCAAGGAUUCCAGAGGGUCCCCGCAGCAUCCCCUCGCUGUCCCCGCCGCCUCCUCGAGGCCCUGACGGCCGCCCUGGCGCUGUCCCUCGUGCUCUGCCUGUCCUGGUGGAUGGCACAGCGGUGGCUGCCCAAGGGGACCGCAGAUUAUAGGAACACCUCGCUGGGAUUCGCCUGUUCGGGCUGGGAUGGCAUCCUCAGGGAGAUGCGGAGGAUCCUGUGCCCGCCCCGAGAGAGCGAGGGCUGCCGGCUCUGCGCCGUGGGCUGGAUGCUGAUCGGGACCAAGUGCUACUGGGUUUCCGACGGGAUGAACCCUUGGAACAGGAGCCGGGAGGACUGCGGGAAGCGGGGCUCCGCGCUGCUGGUGCCCUGGGAUCAGGACGAGCUGGAAUUCCUAAAUGAAAGCCUGCAGAAACCCACACGGCACUUUUGGAUGGGCCUCUCUGUGCCUUUGGCCGGGACGGGCUGGAUGUGGGAGAACGGCUCCGACCUCGACCAGGGCCGGUUACAGCUGGACCUGGGGAAGCGACCUGGAGCCUGUGGAACGCUCAAGGGGAACGGGAUCGUCCCUCAGAACUGCAACACGAGGCUGCAGUGGAUCUGCCAGAAAGAAUCUGCCGAGAUCUGAGCUUCCAUUGCACCCCAAAAGCAGCCCUAAAACAGGGAAAAUCCCAAUUCCCACGGACCCGGCAGCUCCCGCGGGGACGGGCAGAGCCGCAGCCGGUGAAUGUCUCCCUGAGACGGGCGAUGUAGGUGGGAAGUCGACCUAAAAACCCGAAUAAAACAUUAAAAUAAC